GCAUAUUCUGUCUCAAGGACUUCCAUGUCUAAGAGUGAAAUUUCUAUUUCUGAGCUUAUCUGACUGCCUUGAGCAUUAGGCACCGGCUUUAUGUGUUUUCAUCACUAUGAAUUAAUGAAUUCCACUGUUGAAGGCCAAAUAAAUUCCACUGGUUUGAAAAGGUGAUUUUUUUUUUUUUUUUGGAAAUUUAAUUUUUGGAUUGCGCUUCAAUGGAUAGUGAAAGCCCGGCAGAGACGAAGAAAGGAAAAUCAAAGGCUCCCAAAAAGGCUAAAGAAAGCAUUCUCAAGCAAAAAUCUCCGGCCGAGUUCUUCGCGGAGAACAAGAACAUUGCCGGCUUCGAUAAUCCUGGAAAAUGCCUGUAUACUACAGUUAGAGAACUUGUAGAAAAUGCUCUUGAUUCAGCAGAGUCGAUAUCCGAGCUUCCUGUGGUAGAAAUAACGAUAGAGGAGAUUGGGAGGAGCAAGUUCAAUUCCAUGAUGGGUCUUGUUGAUAGGGAACGUGUUGAUGCGGAAUUAUAUGAUGAUUAUGAGACAGCUAAGGCUCGUGAGAGACGAUUAGCAAAGGAAGCUAAGGUUCAGGAAACACAAGCAAAGAAUGCUGCCCUUGGGAAGAAAGUGAAAGAACCUGCAUCUGCAAAGGGCAUUAAGGGUCGAGGUGAGGCUUCAUUUUACAGGGUGACAUGCAAGGACAAUGGAAGAGGAAUGGCACAUGAUGACAUCCCAAAUAUGUUUGGACGAGUUCUAUCUGGAACAAAAUAUGGCUUGAAGCAAACACGAGGGAAGUUUGGUCUUGGUGCAAAAAUGGCAUUAAUUUGGUCCAAAAUGAGUACUGGACUUCCAAUAGAGAUCUUAUCAUCAAUGAGAGGACAAAACUAUAAAUCAUUCUGCAGGCUCGAUAUAGACAUUCAUAGGAACAUUCCUCACAUUCAUUUACAUGAAAAACGGGACAACCAAGAUCCAUGGCAUGGAGCUGAAAUUCAAGUGGUCAUUGAGGGAAAUUGGACAACUUACCGUUCAAAGAUAUUGCAUUACAUGCGACAAAUGGCUGUUAUCACCCCUUAUGCACAAUUUCUAUUCAAAUUUAUAUCAGAUGCUUCUGAUAAAAGUGUCACCAUAAGGUUUGCAAGGAGGACAGACGUUUUGCCUCCAGUUCCUGUUGAGACAAAGCACCAUCCCUCAUCUGUUGAUUUACUACUGAUCAAACGCCUUAUUGCUGAAACUUCAAAACAGAACCUUCUGCAGUUUCUUCAGCAUGAGUUUGUAAAUAUCAGAAAGUCGCUUGCUGAACGAUUAAUUGGAGAAAUGGGUCCAGAAUUCAGUCCAAAAAUGGCUGUUAAGUCUCUAACUGAUCAGCAAAUAGUUCGUAUCCACCAGUUGUUUCGUCAAGCCAAAUUUGAUGAUCCUAGUGGUGAUUGUCUUAGUCCUGCAGGUGAGUACAAUCUUCGCCUAGGAAUAAUAAAGGAGCUUCAUCCAGACAUGGUUGCAACUUAUUCUGGGAGUGCUCAAGUUUUUGAGGGGCACCCCUUCAUUGUAGAAGCUGGUGUUAGUGUGGGUGGCAAAGAUGUUAAGCAAGGUUUGAAUAUUUUUCGAUUUGCAAACAGAAUACCACUACUCUUUGAGCAAGGUGGUGAUGUUGUCACGAGGACUGCCCUAAAGAGAAUUAAUUGGGGUAGUUACAAGAUCAACCAGACACAAGAUAAAAUUGGUGUUUUUGUGAGCAUCGUAAGCACUAAAAUACCCUUUAAAGGGACCGGGAAGGAGUACAUUGGAGAUGAUAUCACUGAAAUAGCUACUGCUGUCAAGUCUGCAAUUCAGCAGUGCUGCAUCCAGCUAAAAUCUAAAAUAGUGAAGAAAAUGCAGGCUCGUGAGCAGCAGGAGAGAAAACGUAACUUGAGCAAGUAUAUUCCUGAUGCUACUAAUGCUGUAUAUGAUGUUCUAAAAGAAAUGGCAAAGUCACAUUCAUCAAAAAGGAAACGUUUUGAGGAUGAGGAUACAGAUAUUCUUAGGAAAGUAUCUGCUCAACUGAUUACAAAAGAAACGCUCAAGGAGAAGCUUGCCCAACAUGUCGAAAAGGUGGACUAUGAGAUGGCAUUGGAGUAUGCAACACAGAGUGGAGUUAGCGAGGAACCCAGAGAAGAUAUAUACUUGCAAUUGCUGGAUGCUAAUGCUAACUUCCUUGAUUUCCACAGUCCUAUAUUCGUCUUCAGACUCUUUCAAUAGGAACUGUCCAGAUGUUGCCCGUAUCUUGCUAACCUCACUGGAGGAAUAGUUACUACUACACAGGCUGGCCAUUUUUAUUGGUGAGCGUUUCCCUGUAUCCAAUGAAGAGUCCUGGUUGAAUGUAAACCUGUUACUGCGGCCUUCAUAUCAUGAGAGUAAUUUUAGGUAUUAUAGCGACGGACCAGAUCAUUCAAAGGCGAAAUAAGAUUGCAAUGUGCCAACAAAGCUCAGGUGAUACUGUGCCAAAAAGGGAAAAAAAUCAGAGCUUAGGUGGUUUUAUUCAAUGUGCAUGCAUUUCUAUAAAGCAAAGCAAAGGUUUCCAUUUGCAUGGUUCUAAUUUUUAAUUUUUUGUUUUUAUUUUUUUAUACUUGGUAUAUAUUUUUUUUUUUUGACAUUAACCGCUUAGUAUUGUCUGGUAACCAUAUUGAUUCUUGAGUAAUUUGAAAUCAAGUUGGAUUGAAUCA